CAAAGCAAUAGACAGGAAAUACUUGUCAUUCACCCCUAACACCCUUCUCUGUGACAUCAGCAACAUUAUACCAAACCAUCAGAAUCUUGUUAAAGUUGACGGGAAGCACAUCUUGAACAAAGAAGUUUGUCUGGAGUUCAUGUGUUGGCUGGAGAAUCUUAACGACUUGUACAUGUCUGUUGAGUACGGGAAAGCUCUCAACAUCUUCAGACGUCAGGAGUCUCGCUUUAAACUUGUCCUUUAUGAGUGUUUGAAGGUUGCACAAGGCAGCGGACUAGAGAUAGGAUUUGAAAGAGUUGCAGCUAUGGCUCACAUCUCAUUUGAUGUUAUUUACUCAAUGUUACCGUACUGUGAUGCUAUCAAGUGGUACAGUCAGAUGGUUGCGGGAGCAAGGCGUGCUGAAAAUAAGUUAGCUGAAGCUUACAUGCUCCUCUGUAUGGGACAACUCAUGAUAUAUGGUGGGGACUCCUUUGAAGCUCAGAGGCAUCUCAAGAAUGCGCUGGUUAUCGUGAAACAAGACUUUAUUGCGGAACAAGAUCUUUACAAUUGUAUCAAACAUCUGUUUGGGUUCAGUGUUGCUUUGUGUGAUACUAACAAGAUCAGUGAGAGAGAAAGUGGACUGAUAAAGAUGACAGAAGCCCUGGUGAUGACCCGGAACUUAUACGGAACUAACUCUUUGGAGACAGCACUGGGUAGACUACACAUUGGGAUAGCGUACAGGAGUCUGUACGAAGACACUGCUCUCAGGUUGGAAGGUUUGGACUACGUGGAGCGAGCACACGAAGUAUUGGAGGAUCAGCUAGGUCACCACCCCUACAUGGGCAUCUGUGUGCAGACACUGGCACAGUACCAUGAUGACAUGCUCAGCAUCAACUUUAGUUCUGAGUAUAACCAGGCAUUGAAAUGUUACCAGCUAGCGACGGAGAUUCACAGAUCAGCAAUGGGAGGUCACUGUUUUACUGCUCGUGCAGUCACUCAGAUGGGAGAUUUCUAUCACAGAAUGGCAGACUACAAAAAAGCUGGGGAUUGUUUGACUGAUGCGUAUGAGAUGGCCAUUACUUUCUGUCCGACUGACUUGGUUUCAGCUCUGGCUUCUUUCCAUUUGGGGCUUCUUUAUAUGGAUGACGCGUAUCCAGAGCAUGAUAUCUUCAGAGGACAAAACCUUUUGACUAGUGCUGCUAAUCUGCUGAGCAAGUACGGAGUAACCUACCAAAGAGCCACAAUGCUACAACACAUGGGGAUAGCAAGCGAGAGGCCGGACUAAAACACACUUUCUAUCGUCAGGAGAGUGAUAAUUUGAAGAGCGUCAUGUUUGGUGUACAGAGAAAUACUAACACGGCUAAGAGGGUCCCUGGGCGUUAGAAUUAACGCGUUAGAUAUCACGUGUGAGGAGUAACGCGUUAAUUAUCACGCGUGACAAACUGUGAAUCUAAUCACCCAUCGGGUGUGGGGUUAUAAUGACCCAAAUAUUGAACGUAAAUUCAAAGAUAUAAAGUUCAAAGUGGAUUAAAGUGACCCAAUUAUUGGACAUUAACUCAAGUGUAGCUGUACUGGAACAAUGAAUUUGAGAACUUGUUGAUAAUAUGCGAAAGUACGGAACUUGACGGUAUUUGGUGGUGGAGCAAGGAGCUUGUUUUUGCGAGGGCCUGGCAAGAUAGUGGUAAAUGAUGUGGUUUGUGUUGGGUUUAAUAGUAAACUGGUUGAGGCACCAACACACGAUCUGUGUCACUGCUCAAAUUCACAGUGAUAAAUUUAUGAAUUUUUAUUGUGUAUCAUCGCAUUGCUAGAACAUGUAGAAGAUGUCGUGAUCUAACGACUAACAUUGACUGAUGACAACACAUUCUAGGUGUAAACUUGAUUCUCUUUGCUGCACAAGUUUGAAAUAUCCACUGCAGUUCAAUGUUACCCGAUGUGAUGGCGAUCAAUUUGACAAUUUUGGCAGUUUAUUCACCGCGCAUUGUGCCCGGUUAAACUUAAAUACAAUUUUUAUGUAAUUUAUUUGUAAAUACCGAUUAUUUAUUUUAAUUUAUGUUCUAUGUGUAGUUAGAUUAUUUUCUGUAUAAAAGCUAUAUUUGUUGAGCUUCAUGUUUGUGUUUAGGUUCUUGAAUUGAUGUCAUUAUUUCAAUUUUAUUUGUUCUUAAACACUAAAUAUGGUUCUAUUUCUUUCCAAAACUACUACAUAAAUGUUUAAAAAAGAGCAACAAAUUCCAAUUCGUUUGAUUCUGGGCGGCACUUUAAGUUUACCUGGGGACCCCAGGCUAUUAUAUUUAUGUUCAUAAUCAUGGAAUAGAGAUUUGGCGGAAUUACAGGCUGAGCUCCGCCCAGUAACAUCUACUGAAUAGUGGUAUUCAUAAUAUUUUCUGAAACUUCUCUCGUGGCCGAAGUUUGAUUGAAAACUGAAUUUGAGUCGUUUUUUGUGCUAAUUUUGGACCCCAAUGAUUGUAUCGCGAUUCAGGAUAUAGU